AUGAAGAACAAACUUGGUACUUGGAAGCGCCGCCAUGGUUAUGAUCGUGUUAAUGAUGAAAGAGAUGUUGCCAUCAUUGAGGCAAAGGAAACUGAUGGUAUUUAUAUAAGUGGUAAUCUUAUUGUAGUUACCUGUAGAGUCCAACUAAAUUAUGGUUAUUUUUAUCCCAUUCAUCAUAACACCAACAAAAUAUUGUGUUCAAUCUGCAGCCAUAUUCAAUUGGCUGCUACAUCUCUGCCCAUAACAGGAACUCAAGCCGCACCAAAGAAAGCUAGUAAAGAAGAACUUGAAAAUGUUGCUGGCAUGGCUGCAACCUCAACUGCCAAUGGGGAAAAAUUUGACAAGAAGCUUCCAGGAGAAAAGCCCCCAAAGCAUGAAGGGAAAUAUCGCAAGGUAAAGAAGAAACCUCUCAAGAAAACAUCCAAAAAGGGAUCAUCUUCGAACAAAGGAAAAUUGAAACGAAAUUAG